AUGAAGAAAACUUACUCUCCCUCCUGCAAUUCACCAACCAUCAAUGCCAAUACCUUCUCAGCUACAGAUCGAUUCACGGUGACUGGAUUAGAGGGGCCAGUUUUGGCUCCAUUUGGUACAGUGCUUGAGCUCAGUUGUCAGUUGUCUCCACCACAAAAUGCUCAGCACAUGGAGAUCCGCUGGUUCAGGACCCACUAUACACAGCCUAUUCACCUAUACGAUGAUGGCAAAGAUCUGUUUGGAGAAAUUAUUCCAAAAUAUGUGGAGAGAACAGAGCUCAUGAAAGAUGACAUUAGAGAAGGGAAAGUGACCCUUAGGAUCUUUAAUGUCAAUCCUGAUGAUGACGGGCAGUACCACUGCAUCUUCAAGGAUGGCAAGUUCUAUGAAGAACACAUCACAGAAGUCAAGGUCAUAGCUGGGAGCUCCCGGGUUCAGAUCCUUGUUCAUCCUCCUACUACCAAAGGUGUGAUAGUGGAGUGUCUCUCCAGAGGUUGGUUUCCACAGCCUCACUUGGAAUGGAGAGAUAGCAGAGGAGAGGUCAUUCCAGCUGCAUCAAAGUCCUAUUCACAGGAUAGAGACAAAUUGUUUGAUAUGAAGAUCACACUUGACCUUAGAGACAGCUCCCUCCGGAACAUCACUUGCUGCAUUUGGAACCCUCUAACAGGCAAAGAAGAAAGCACAGGCAUUGUUCUACCAGGCCAUUCCUUUCCCUUCAUCUUAUUUAUCAUCUUAUCUGUUGUAUGA